AUGGGUCUACUAACAGUAUUGAAGAAGAUGAAACAGAAGGAGAAGGAACUUAGACUGUUGAUGCUUGGACUUGAUAAUGCUGGCAAGACAACGAUUCUGAAGAAGUUCAAUGGUGAAGACAUUUCAACGAUCAGUCCUACAUUGGGAUUCAACAUACAGACAUUGGUUUACAAAGAUUAUAAGCUCAACAUAUGGGAUAUUGGAGGACAGAAGACAUUGAGAUCAUAUUGGAGGAACUAUUAUGAAGAGAAUGAUGCUGUCAUAUGGGUUAUAGACAGUUCAGACAUUAGACGUUUAGAUGAUUGCAAGAAAGAGUUGAAGGCAUUGCUUGAUGAAGAGAAACUGGCUGGAGCUACAUUCUUGGUGUUUGCCAAUAAGCAGGACUUGGAUGGAGCAAAGACAACUGAUGAGAUCAUCAAGUAUCUUGACCUGGAAUCAUUGACCACUCAUAAUUGGAAGAUACAGAGUUGUAGUGCAGUCACUGGUGAAGGGCUUGAAGCUGGAAUCGAAUGGGUUGUCAAUGAUAUUGUAUCAAGAUGCUUCAUCUUGGAUUAG